UCUGGGAUUUUUUACAUUACAUUUUCUUCUUUAGGCUUACAAUACUCAAUAAAGCAUUUUAGAUCUGGCUUACUUUAGCUUGAUUAGAAUUUAGUAUUUGGAAUACUAAAACUAAAAAAUUCAAUAAGCUUUUAACCUAUGGAUCUGCUAAGCUACAGAAACAGAGACAGUCAUGCUCAUAAAAGCAAACAUUUAGUGACUUACUCAACUGUCAUUAGCCUGGGACUUAUCAAAAGUGAUGAGAUAAUUAUCUAGAGAUAAGCAAUCAUGGAUAUGGGAGAAAAAGUUGAAAAACUUCAGAAAUAUGAAUCAACCAUUCGUGAGCAUGUGGCUUGUGAAGAAAGAGCAUUUCGAAUUGUUAACAAUCUGAUUGAUGCCUCAGUUCAGGAGGACUAUCUCAAACAAUGUGGCCAGCUGAUCAGCAGAGACCACUACAGGGAUGUCACCCAGGAGAGGGCAAUAACCUUUCUCUGUGGUUAUCCUCUUUGUGAGAAUACCUUAGAAAAGAUUCCCUCCAAGAGAUAUCAUAUAUCAACAAAAACUAAUAGAGUUUAUGACAUCUCAGAAAGGAAGAACUUUUGUAGUAACCAGUGCUUCAAGGCAUCCAAACACUUCUGUAACCAGAUUCCUGAGUCCCCCUUGUGGUCUAGAGAAAGGGAGACCGUCCCAGAGUUAACACUUCUAUCUCACAAAACUAUCAAAGGGAUAGUUGGUGAUGAGAUAGUUGGGGAAUCCCCUAAAAAGCUGCUGGAAGUUGAAGUCCUACAGCUUGAAGAACUGGACAAAAGAUUUUCCUCCUCAUGUCAAGUGUCUGAUGCUUCAUUAGCCAGAAAAAAAUGUACACCUUCAAGUGUAGUUGGAGCAGAUUGUAGCAAGUCAUCUACAGCAGGAGCAGAUUGUAGCAAGUCAUCUACAGCAGGAGCAGAUUGUAGCAAGUCAUCUACAGCAGGAGCAGAUUGUAGCAAGUCAUCUACAGCAGGAGCAGAUUGUAGCAAGUCAUCUACAGCAGGAGCAGAUUGUAGCAAGUCAUCUACAGCAGGAGCAGAUUGUAGCAAGUCAUCUACAGCAGGAGCAGAUUGUAGAAAGUCAUCUACAGCAGGAGCAGAUUGUAGAAAGUCAUCUACAGCAGGAGCAGAUUGUAGCAAGUCAUCUACAGCAGGAGCAGAUUGUAGCAAGUCAUCUACAGCAGGAGCAGAUUGUAGAAAGUCAUCUACAGCAGGAGCAGAUUGUAGAAAGUCAUCUACAGCAGGAGCAGAUUGUAGCAAGUCAUCUACAGCAGGAGCAGAUUGUAGAAAGUCAUCUACAGCAGGAGCAGAUUGUAGAAAGUCAUCUACAGCAGGAGCAGAUUGUAGAAAGUCAUCUACAGCAGGAGCAGAUUGUAGCAAGUCAGCUGAUUAUGUGAGGCCAAUAGGUGGAGCAGAACAUAGUGACCAGGUAGCUGACAUACAAGGUGAAGCUGGUCCUAAUCCAACUGUCCUAUCUGGUGCUGUUGAAUCUUGUCCUGGAGAAAAUGCCGGUGUAAACCUGAGAGUGCCUGAAACAGCAACAAAGAGAGACAACUGUGAAGACUUGACACAAGGGAGGUCAAAGGUUGAACAACCCUGUGGCUCAGUGUCUGAACUUUGUUUGCCCACAACAACUUGUGCUGCCACUAAUGUUGAAGGCUCUAAAAUGGAUCAGCUAAUGAAACUUUUGGCCCAGAGAAAAAAUCUUCUGUCUGGAAUGGUGGACAUUCAAGCCAGCGUGCCAUCUCCCAGCGCUGGUACUCUGGUCAACCAGAGACAGCAGUCUGGAACUCUUGAACUGGCUGGCUCGCAACUAGCUUCACCUCCACAAGAUUCUACACAUGUUCACAACCCCACCACAACCACACACACCUCCACCACAACCAAACCCACACACACCUCCACCACACACAGAUCCUCCACACACAGCUCCUCCACACACACCUCCACCACAACCAAAUCCACUCUGGCCUCCGCUGAGAACCUUGGGCCACCCAGGCCACCAAGUUCCCCUGUCCAGCUGAUCAGCCAGGUGAUCAAAUCUUGGGUGACCCAGGAAACCUUGUCUUACCUCAGGUCACUCAACGAUGGGGGUGAGCCCCGGGGUUUCAAUGACCCUCAAGUCCAGCUGCGCUAUGCAGAUUUGUGUCGACGCCUGGACAUGCAACAGAAAACUUUUGAAAACAUUCUAAACGAGCCUGACGAUGAUGACAUCAAGCAUAAAACUGGGCUAAAGCCACCCCCAGAUUAUCAGCUGCUGAAGCAAGAGACAGAGGCCUUUCAGCUGAAAGUCACUGAGUUUAUCACUGGGAAAAAACCAACUACUCUGUUGGAUAAGCCAGAGCUGGAAGACCCCGUGUUUAUUCCUCCUGUUGAUGCUUAUGACCAACAGCAGAUCAGAAAAAAAAUUGUCCUUGAAAGAUUAGAUAAAGCGAUACCCCCGCUGCUGGCUCCACUUGAGCUGUCUCUCAUUGAUGUCUCUACCCCAGUCCGGGAAUUGGUGCACACCUUUAGACUUCAGAAUAAUAACAUUGUGUUCAAGCCUUCUGAAUGGAUGAUAGUUUCUUUAUUUAUUUUAAAAAUGCUAGCAAAGAGAAUUAAACCCAUAGCAUCAGCAUUUUCCAAAGACUCGUCAACUCGCUUUUUCUCAAUCUUGUUGCAAGGUGUAGGGCACACACCUGCUGAUGUGGAUUUCAUGACAGAACUUAUUUUAAAUACAGACUGCGCCACUCACUUGUCUUGAUAUUUGCACAUGUUGUUUUAUCUGUUAUGUUUAUGAGUAAUAAAUUUAUCUGGCCACAUUAUGUUGGUGUGAAAUAAAUGUGUU